AUGCCCCUUCCACAGUCCUCAAACGAUUUAAACGAUGCAAUUGCUACUCUCCUAGCUUUGGGGGAGGGCAGGAAGGAUAUUAUACGGCUCCAAGGAGUUCUCCUCCAUGAGCUUCCUGCCGCCGAAUAUUUUACGAAUAUCCACAUAUUCGGCAGCGAACUUAUCUCGAGCCUCGAUCGGAAUAUUUUGAAACAAUCUGGAUACGAGCAGAAGAACGGAGAUCAAUUCCUUCUUGCUGGCGAAGUUACAUGUUGUGGAAAGGGGCCACUUCGUGCACAAUUUGUCACUGACCACGGUAUUAGCCCAUUUGACAAAUAUCGUGACUUCUGUCAGCGAUUCUCUGUGGAGAAGGCAACUGGACGACGGCGUAUACACAUUGUGAUACGGAGACCUACAACCGUGGAGCUCGCCCAGGAGGAUUCAGCUGAACACGGGAUCACUUUUGAGGAUGAUGAUGUAGCUCCGGUCGCCGCUGUGGCCCCGGUGGCCCCGGUCGAGGAUGAGGAUGAGGAUGAGGAUAUGGUCCGGGUCGCUACUGUGGCCCUAGCCCCGAGCGGUCGAGCAAAUUCAUCGAGGAGAAGACAGCGUACUUCUUCCCCUGUUCGGCGAAGCCAGCGAAACGUGCGCAGGAGGAUGUAG